CGAGACAGAUUUUCGGAGUUCGAGUGGGGCUGUGCGAAAUAAAAUUCUGAUCCAACUCGACUCGCAAUCUUUCCUUUACCGAAGUGGCUGUCGUUGCGAGCAGAGGCUUGUUACGAUUUGUCCAGAAGUCUGUCCGAAUUUGCCCGAGACGAGGAAUUUUCCUGCAAACCAUGGCUGAACCCAAGGCAGACAUUGCGCUGAUCGGCCUGGCUGUGAUGGGCCAGAAUCUGAUCCUGAACAUGAAUGACCACGGCUUUGUCGUGUGCGCGUACAAUCGCACCACCGAGAAGGUGGAUCAGUUCUUGGCCAACGAAGCCAAGGGCACCAAGGUCAUCGGGGCCAAAAGUCUGCAAGAGAUGGUCGGCAAACUCAAGUCGCCGCGCCGAGUCAUGAUGCUCGUCAAAGCCGGGCAAGCCGUGGACGACUUCAUCAAACAGUUGGUGCCUCUACUGGAGAAGGGCGACAUCAUCAUCGACGGAGGAAAUUCCGAGUACCAGGACACAAAGCGCAGAGUCGAGGAACUUGACAAGCAGGGCCUGUACUUUGUUGGUUCAGGAGUGUCUGGAGGUGAGGAAGGCGCCAGGUAUGGACCGUCCCUCAUGCCAGGUGGCAAUCCCAAGGCUUGGCCUCACAUCAAGGAUAUUUUCCAGUUAAUUUCUGCCAAAGCAAAUGGGGAGCCUUGCUGUGACUGGGUGGGUGAAGAAGGUGCUGGACACUUUGUCAAAAUGGUGCACAAUGGUAUCGAGUACGGAGACAUGCAGUUGAUUGGAGAGGCCUAUCAUCUAAUGAGGGACACCUUGAAACUGUCUCACGAGGAAAUGAGCAAGGUUUUGGACGAUUGGAACAAGGGUGAGCUGGACUCCUUUUUGAUUGAAAUCACCAGGGACAUCCUCAAGUACCAGGACAAGGACGGCUCCUACCUGGUCGAGCAAAUCCGAGACUCUGCCGGACAAAAGGGAACUGGCAAGUGGACAGCCAUUGCUGCCUUAGAGUACGGAAUGCCAGUCACUCUGAUUGGCGAGUCCGUCUUUGCUCGAUGCCUAUCCUCGUUGAAAGAAGAACGUGUCCAGGCCAGCAAGGUGCUCAAAGGACCAGCCACCUCUGAGUACAAGGGUGACAAGAAAGAGUUCAUUGAACACAUUAGGAAGGCUCUCUACGCAUCCAAGAUCAUUUCCUACGCCCAAGGUUUUAUGUUGAUGAGAGAAGCUGCGAGUGUCUACAAAUGGAACCUGAACUACGGAGGUAUCGCCCUGAUGUGGCGCGGCGGAUGCAUCAUUCGUAGUAUCUUCCUCGGAAACAUCAAGGCUGCCUUUGACAAGAACCCCAAACUUUCCAAUCUGCUGUUGGACAAGUUCUUCUCCGACGCCAUCCACAACUGCCAGGACUCUUGGCGCACUGUGGUGGCCGCUGGUGCCACUCUCGGAGUGCCCACUCCUGCAUUCAGCACUGCUCUUGCCUUCUACGACGGAUACCGUUCUGAACGCCUCCCUGCCAAUCUCAUUCAGGCUCAAAGAGACUAUUUUGGUGCUCACACCUAUGAGUUGCUCAGCCAGCCCGGCAAGUUCGUCCACACCAACUGGACAGGACAUGGUGGCAAUGUCUCGGCCAGCACAUAUCUUGCCUGAAACACUCAUCGUCAGAUUUUGAAUGUUCAAAGAAGUGUCACAAUGAUAGCAUUUUAAUUUGUAUUUUUCUACUAUUACAUCACAAAAAACAUUCCACUUUCCUAAUCUUGUUGCUGAUUGAGGCUUUGGGGAUGCAAUAAUUAAAUUGUUGUCUACUUUUAAUUUCAAUAUAGAUCAAAUUAUUUUCUUUUCCUUAAAUUAUAAAAAUUUGUUAAAAAUCUUUGUUAUUUCACCUUGUUUAUUAUUUUGUUUAUAGGUGUUAAAAAAUACAAUAAAUUGAUUUGCAGUACCCCAUCAAAAAAA